UGUAUCAACAAAUAGCGAUAUCAGUCGAUCGUUGACUGCGACCGCAUGAGGACGGUAGGGUCGACAGUCGCAUGCUAUCUCAACACGGAUCGGGAUUGGUCGACGGUUCUCCCGUAAGCCCCGCCUACCAGGUGGUCGUUCGAAAGUGUAGUUGUGUAGUUCCUUACGGCGAAACGACGGGCGCUGCUCUCUCCUUAACGUACCCAAUCGCGAGAAAAUCUGAAAUGAGACGUGUCGGCGCGCUAAUAUGUGACGGUUGAGAGGAAACGAGGACCAGGAACGUGUGAGAGGGUGGUUUAUGCGCGGGUGCUAACCACUUUCGAAGCGUGACGAGGAGAACGGAACCGCGUAAAGUAGUGGCAAAGGUGGAGAGCGUGGAAAAAAAAAAGGAAAAUAUACUCCGAAGAAACGAGAAGACGCGUGUGUGCUAGAGCUACGGGGCAGUGCGAGAGAAUCCUCUAUUUCGGGGGGGGGUUGUAUGUCUUUCUCUGUCUCUUUAACUUCUUUUUUUUUACCUUCCCUUCUGUUUCUCUCUCCGUCUUUACUCCGUUUGUUCCACGGGUGAGGAUAUAUCGUCGCGACAAGUGUUUUUCGCCGUAACGUAGCAUGCGACGCAUCGUAUCGCGGGGUUAAACGUAAAAAGUAACAAAAGGAAAAGAAGUGCUCCGUUUUAACCAACAAGGACGUCGUCAGCUGUGUGCGCUUUUACGAGGGGGACGGUGUGCGAGAGAGAACCCGCUGCUGAGAGACAGAGAAAUGGCGGCGCUGGUGGCAGGUGUCCAGUAUGGUUUGUCGUCGCACAGUAAUUUUCACGAAAACAAGUCCCUGAUCUUUGUGAAGCUCACCGACUCGGCGCAACGUGCCAUCGAGGACUUCCUAAGGAAUCGGAACAAGACCAGCCAGAACCCUACUAUACAGUUCCUAGGAAACGAAGGGCAACUCUCCUUUCCAUCCACGCAAUCCAGCCAUGGAUCGGCAGGCUUCACGUUCAGCCUUUCCGGCAACCAGGACAUCGAGGGUCCUCAGGGUGGCUUCGAAUGCAUCCAGCAGACCGGCCCCAAGAGUCUGGAGAGCCUUGGCGCAUUGCCGUGCAAAAUGCGGAUACAGGCGAACGACGACGUGUACGAGACAACCAGGCAUCGAAUGGCCGUCGCCGAGGAAAAUAACAAGAACAAAUGCACCAGGGUUAUCAAGCCAAACAGGCCGGACAUCGGGCGCAAGGUGAAGGUGAAAGCGACCGGAAGGCCCAUACCGUCUCCAUCGAAUUCGAGGCAUCGGGAAUCGACGAGCAUUCCAACGUUCGGCAGUCAGCCCAGGCUGUCUUCCUCCACUUACAAGCCAGCCAUCAGCAAUCCUCCGCCAGCCAGGAGUCAACCGGAGAAAAAGGUCUCCGACGUCAUGCGCAGGCCGUUGAAGGAGAGGCUGAUACAUCUUCUCGCUUUGAGGCCAUACAAAAAACCUGAAUUGUAUGAUCGCAUUAACAGAGAGGGUAUAAAAGAACGUGAGCGCAGCAUCAUGACGAUGAUUCUGAAGCAGGUGGCUUUCAUGAGGGACAACACGUAUCAUUUGCACAGGUAUGUUUGGAACGACGUUCAGGAAGACUGGCCUUACUACACCGAGCAGGAGAAGGCGAUGCUGAAGAGAAGAAAACCUCAGAAUCUUACUCCUCCUGGGUCCAGCGACGGUGGAUCUAGCGGUAGCGGACAGUCGCCGAAUUCCACUCACCCCGGCUCACCGCCAGCGAUCACGGCUCCGCCACCGUCUCUGAGCGCCAAACGGCCGGGCUACUACCAGGGUAACGACGGGCUGCCCACAAAGAAGCAACGGGUGUCUCGUUGCAAGAAGCCAGAGCCGAGCUCCGGUUCGACGAACCCCGGGGAGAACGGAAGGACGGCUGGUAGUGUUGGUAGUAGUAGUAGUAACAGUGUUAGUGGAGCACCAGGCGGUAGUAGUGCUAGUGGCAGUGGUGGUGGCAGCGGUGUGAUUGACGGUUGGGACCAGAGGCAGCAUCAACGUGACCGCCGAGGCGAUUACAGGCCCGAAAGAACAGCGAACAGUGAUGUGCUACGGGGUGGCGGCUACGGAAGCGGCAAACCGUGCACGACGCCCACCAGUGACAGUGAAGAGAACAACCGGACCGGUCACCGCGACGUCGCCAUUAUCGGGACCUCGUCAGGGAGCAACGCAACCAGCAACGCGACCAGCAGCCAUAAUUCUCAUAGUAGUGUAGCCCAUAGUAACUCGUUGAGCGGCAGUCGUCACCACCAUGUCCCCAAGACGACGGCGGCCGGUCCUGAUAGUAUUACCAUCGCGACGGAUUUCGCGGCGCGUUCGAUGCCCAGUGCCGUGACUGACGGUGGUAGCACGGGUAGUAGUUACAGUGGUAGUUCGAACGGCGUGCUAGCCGACAGGAGAGACAGGAGCGACAGGAACGACAGGGGACGCGGAGGGGACAAGGAUCGGGAGUCGAAGAAGAGGAACAGCGGCACUAGCAGCAGCAACUCCUACAACGACCUGGCCGGGAACGGGGACAGCACCGUCACCACUUCCACCUGCAAUCUCGACUUACCGGAGAGCCCCAAAUCAUCGGAGUAUCCGGACUACCUCACGUGAGUGUCUCGUGAAUCGUUACGCUUAGCUGUCCGAGGUGUAAAACGGUUGAAACAAAUGUCGACUAUACCCUCCCAUUCCUUAGUUUAUUGCUCGUUCCUCGACGAUUGCUUUGUCAAAAUUUCAUUUGCGAACUUUGUAACCGCGGCGGUUGCAUUUCAUUAUGUACAUUUGUGGUAUUUC